CAAACAGUUGUUACUGAUUCUUGUAUCUCCCAGGAUUCCCGUUGCUUUACCCACACCAGACAAGAGUCAAGAGUACAUCGCUAUGAAUCACUUGGGCGAAGAUGAGCAGGGGCAACACGAAGUGGUUUUAAGGACUGAAGACAUAAUCACGCAGUGAACAGCAGAGAAGCCACCUGGAAGAUCAGCCCUCUGCACCCUCUGUUGUUAUGGCAGGGGGAAGGCGGGGCCCUAACCGCACGUCCUACUGCCGAAAUCCCCUCUGUGAACCCGGGGCUGCUGGCGGCUCCGGCCACUCCACGAGUUCCUCUGUCACGGGCGUGCGCUCACGUACCAGGAGCGGUUCAGGUACAGGCCUUUCCAGCCCACCUUUGGCAACUCAGACAGUCGUCCCCCUCCGGCACUGUAAGAUCCCAGAGCUGCCCGUGGAGAGGAGUGUGCUGUUUGAACUUCAGCUCUUCUUCUGUCAUCUCGUUGCUCUGUUUGUCCACUACAUCAACAUCUACAAAACCGUGUGGUGGUACCCACCCUCCCACCCGCCCUCGCACACGUCAUUGAACUUUCACCUUAUUGACUUCAACGUGCUGACAGUGACAACAAUCGUCCUGGCACGCCGGCUGAUCGGUGCUAUUGUGAAGGAGGCUUCACAGAGUGGCAAAGUCUCCCUGCCACGCUCUAUUUUCCUGGUGAUCACUCGGUUUGCUGUUCUCACUGGCACAGGCUGGAGUUUGUGUCGAUCAAUAAUUCACCUUUUCAGAACCUACUCUUUCCUUAAUCUCCUGUUCCUGUGUUACCCGUUUGGCAUGUACAUUCCCUUCCUUCAGCUGAACUGUGACCUGCGGAAGACGGGGCUCUUCUCCCAGGUGGCCAACAUCGGUCCCAGAGAGACCAGCGAGGUGACCUCCAGGGGCCGAGACUACCUGACUGUCCUAAAGGAAACCUGGAAGCAGCACACUCGGCAGAUGUACGGCAUGGAGGCCAUGCCCACGCACGCCUGCUGCCUCUCCCCGGAUCUCAUCCGCAACGAGGUGGAAUACCUGAAAAUGGACUUUAACUGGCGGAUGAAGGAGGUGCUGGUGAGCUCCAUGCUCAGCGCUUACUACGUGGCCUUUGUGCCGGUCUGGUUUGUGAAGAACACUCAGUACUAUGACAAACGCUGGUCGUGUGAGCUCUUCCUCCUGGUUUCCAUCAGCACGUCGGUGAUCCUGAUGCAGUACCUCUUACCCGCGCGCUACUGCGACCUGCUCCACAAAGCUGCAGCACACCUGGGCUGCUGGCAGAAGGUCGAUCCAGCCCUCUGCUCCAACGUGCUGCAGCAUCAGUGGACAGAGGAGUGCAUGUGGCCGCAGGGAGUGUUGGUGAAACACAGCAAGAACGUGUACAAAGCUGUGGGUCAUUACAACGUGGCGGUGCCCUCGGACGUCUCGCACUUCCGCUUUCACGUAAGGUCGCGGCUCCUCGGUGGGGUCUGAGGGGUAGCACCUCGCAGGGUCACGCUCCUCGUGUCCUCAGCACCUCUGAGCCGGGCUCUGCGAGGGGGAGAGCUGCCCUGGGGGGUGUGCCAGGGUGCUGGGGCCUUUCAGCUGACUCCCACAGCUCCUGUCGGUUCUGCCAAAAGGGUGAUUCUGGCCCCUGCAAACCGGGGCUCUGUCCAGAGCUGGUCACGGGCAAA